AUCGAGCAUAAGAAAAGCGUCCUGAUGUUAAAAUAACGUUACGUUUUCAAACUUUAGACUGCACAGUUGCAGAAGAAGCUACGCGACGGUAUGUAAACAACUGUUUCACACUCUCGCCAAUUGAUGCUCGAAGCAGCCAUGAAGUGUGUUAUGAUCGUGACUCUUUUAUCUUUCCUGUGGGCAAGUACAGAUUUGCUUGUAAAUACAACUCAGACAAGCUGUAUCCCUGCGCACCCGAUAAUCAGUUCCARUGGCAMGUGUUUUCCGUAYUAUUUCCCCAAUGGGUACUGUAAAAAUGUCUUGGCUAAUACCUCUCUUUUUGCCAAUUAUUUGGAACAGAAAGAUAGUGAGGGUAGUGUGACUUUUCUGCAAAAUGGUCGAAAUUUGUUAGAAGCUCAUGGAAGAAAGGUAGUAAGCAAGGCUUGUCUGAGAGUCUAUUUUAUAGCUCUCUGUCCAUGGUAUUUCCCAAAAUGUGAUGUGACAUCUAAUAAGGUGAUGGGAAGACCAAGUUGCAGAGAAAGUUGCGAAUAUCUCUCUAAAGCUUGUGCCAAGGAGCUGGAAAUGGCCAGAGGCUUUGAAAAACAACAAAAUGGAUCAGGGUAUACUCUACUCUGGAGCGACGUGAACUGUACUUAUUUCAAAUACCGUAAUGGUGGAGACAACCCAGAGUGCUACUAUCCGAGGGAACUAAACUCUGAAACAGACAAGAUUCAAAAUGAAGAAUGUUAUUAUGGAAAUGGCCUCGGUUAUCGCGGAACAAUUAGUACGACAAAAUCAGGUCACGUGUGUCAGGCGUGGUCAUCACAAUGUCCUCAUCGUCACGAUCAUCCAUUGGCUGAAUAUCCUGAACUGGUUAAUGCUUCCAAUUGGUGCCGCAAUCCAGGAGGCCAGGCACCUAAUGGUCCAUGGUGCUAUACGUCCAGUAGAAGCAAACGAUGGGAGUACUGUGGUGUGAAGAAAUGUCCAGAUCCAGCACCCACUAAAUCACCUGAUGUGGUACAAGCAUUCUCUACUGGUCCUUACAAGAUUUUCAUCGAAUGGAGACCUAUUYCUCUUCCCUUUGUGCAUGGAACUCCUCUGGGUUUUCGAAUUCAAGUGAAUGAUGAAAUUGUGAACACCACCAGCAUGGACACAAAGUACUUUGAAAUAAAGAAUCUUGAACCUUUAACUAACUACAGUGUUUCGGUAUUGGAAUUCAAUAAAAAUGGCAAUGGACCACUCAGUCGACCAGUCUAUGUGACAACGAUGCCACAAAASUUUGUGGCGGUGAAGUUCACGAUGAUUAUUAAAAAUGAAAUGUAUAGCUCUUCCUUGUCGGAAAGGAACUCUACGAAAUUCAAAGUCAUAGAAAAUAGAGUUAAAUCGAAGCUCAAUGAUUUGCUUCAAAAUGUACAGUUAGAGAGAUAUCGUUUGUAUCAGAUAAAGAUCAUCAAAUUUUUCCAAGGUAGCGUUGGGGUUGAGUUUGAUAUUACCGCUGAAUUGAUUAACACAACAUCCUGGUCCGCCACGCAAAGUAUCACGGGAAGAAUUUUGAAAGGAGCAAAGUCUACGUCGUCAAAGUUCAAAUCCCUUCUUGUUAAAGCCUCUCCUCCACCUCCAGUUAACCUUAGCCAAAGUGACAUUAGUACUACCUCCGUCACUAUUAGCUGGUCAGCGCCUGCUUWCCAUGAGCCAUUCCGUAUUACCAACUAUACAGUCCAGUACAAGAAAGCUGGCACUCAAAUGCCCUACUACAAUGCAGUGAUUGUCGGUGCCAACAAGAGAAKUGUUACAGUAGAGRACCUUGAUUCRRGCACAGAGUAUCUGAUGCGUGUUGCGUCUAUAAACGCUGAAGGCUCASAGCCAAGUGAACAAAUUGUUGUUAACACUAAAGGAAAAGAAAAAUCUGAAAACCAAGAUGUGCCAAUUGCAGCAAUAUUAGUACCUGUUGUGGUCAUGUCAGUCGUUCUAAUCGGAGUGGGUAUUCUGUUUUGGAGAUGGAUGCGCAAGAAAAAGGAAGAAGAGAAGGAACUUAGAGAAAGAAUUCAAAGAGUAAGAGUAUCCUUAAAGGAUCCCUGGGGUCUAGUAAUUCACUGUUCACUCAAUCUUACGACUUCCUUCAUUCAUAGCUGGUCCUAUGGAGUUUUACUGUGGGAGAUUGAAAAUGGAGGUAUCGUUCCUUACGGAGGGCUGUCUGGAAUUGAGAUUCUCGAGAAGCUAAAAGAAGGCUAUCGUUUGGAAAAAUCACCUGACACGUCGCGUGACUUGUAUGCAAUUAUGUGGAAAUGCUGGAAUCCGGAUCCAAUGCAAAGACCGACAUUUUCUGAU